CACAUAAAUGAUGCACGCAAGCAGUGUGGCUCUUCCCUCUCCGACCAGCCUUCUCCCCACCCCCUUGGGUCAAAGUCCCGCAGCCACCUCAGUACGUCCCCACACACCUGCCUGCCCAGUUGACAAACGAGACACGCGCACACGCGACGGACGGCCCUCCGAAGCACAAGUAGUGCUUGAUCAAACUCGGGCCGCAUUCCCCACGACCGUUUCCCCGCCCCACACGUCCACGCGCCUCACACAAUUACAACCACACAUUAACACAUUAACACACAACCACGCCAAGAAAGCCACCGAGGACAUGAUCGAGCGGGCGAACAUGACGAGCGGGCUAAAAUGGAGGCACUGGUCAUCUUAGCCCGCUCGAUCAUUUGCUCAGUGGCUUUCUUGAUCUUUCGUUGUCAGUCAGUCAGUCAACACGAGCCAGGAUUGAUAAAAGGAUACAUACAGCACAAACAAACGAAUCAAUCAGUCAGUCACCGGCGCGCAUCGAGAACAAGGCGCCACCACGAACUCCCACCAGAGCUCUAUCUAUCUAGUUGACCCAUUCUUGUCGCUGCCAGAACUUAUCAGCGUCGGCUAUGAAGUCCUGCUGGUUGGCACGCCACUUAUCCUGAACACAUGAAUGAAUGAAUCACACAGAAGCCCCCAGCGGUGGAGGCGACAUCCACACACACAUGAGGGUGCCUGUGUAUGUGUGUUGGCACAACCAAGGACCGACCUGUGUUGGUUUGUCGAAGUUGGUGUAGAGUGUGCCGUUGACAAUGUCCCACGCGUCAGGGUCCGUCGACACGUACGCGCCGAAGGUCAUGGCGUACGCACACCACCCGCCGUAUCUCGGGAGGUACUUGGCGGGGUCGGCGAGGAAUGUGGCCUUGUUCUCCUCUGUUGAAAAGGCGAACUUGGCACCGUGGUGCUCGGCUUCGAUCUCGCCAAUCUUGCCCGCCACAUGCUGCACACAACACACCCCGCCCAUCACAUCACACACCGAUGGGUGGAUGGAUGGAUGGAUGGAUGACACACCGGUUCUCUCGCUGGCUCACAUUCAUCCUGUUGUGUAGGUGUGCUUACCGGCGCGUUUUUGUCGUCGAGCGAGAAGUAGGCCACAGGGUCGGCGCCGCUGAUGACAUAGCCGUUGUCGGCGACAUAGUAAGAGGCCUUGCCGCCGCCGCCCUCGACCACAAACUCCUGGGGCGGCACGGCAUCACCCCCACCCAGAUGCAUCGGCAGCACCACCGCCAAAACUACAGCUGUGUCACACACACGCAGCAGACACGCAGCGCAAUAAACUGAAGUGUCUGUCAGGGCUCCUCUCUCUUGGCCGUGACUCAUACCUGCAGCCACAAGAACUGUGAGGGUGACGAACAGGAUGAUCUUUGUUCUCCGAGAGAACUUUUGCUUGAAGGGCGUGGUAGAAGUCUCAUCGCUCGUGCCUUUCUCGAUGUCCUCGUGACCAACAGUAGUGCCAGGCGAUGACAUGAUGAAUGCGACAGAUCUGAAUAGAAUCUGGGCGAAAGGCGGCUCGGAAGAAGGAUAUGGCACGAAGGACGGAUGCACGCUCAGCUGCUCUCCCUAAACCUGCGCUCCUCGCCAAAAGGGGGAGAAAGAGAGAGCCUCAGAG